AUGGCCACUCUUAGAGAAAUCCAGCAGCGUCUUCGUUCCGUCCAGAACAUUGAGAAGAUCACCAAGUCCAUGAAGAUGAUUGCCUCUACCAAGGUCGCCAAGGCUCAGCGUAACAUGGAGACUGCCCGUGCUUUCGGUGUCGCAUCCAACUCUCUUUUCCAGAGCGCCGAGACCAAGGCCACUGAGGGAGGUUCUGAGCUCAUUGUUGCCUCUUCCUCUGAUCGUGGUCUCUGUGGUGGUAUCCACUCCAGUGUCUCCAAGGCAACCCGUCGCGCUGUUGAGGCUAACCCCGAAGGCCGUGUUGUUGUCUUGGGUGACAAGCCCAAGGCUCAAUUGUCUCGCUCUGUUCGCUCUAACAUCACCCUUUCUUUCAACCAGAUCGGUAAGGCUGUCCCUACCUUCACCGAGGCCAGCUCCAUUGUUGAUGUGAUCAAGGCUGAUGGUAUUGAGUUCGACUCUGCCAAGAUUGUUUACAACAAGUUCUUGUCUGCCAUCUCCUACGAGGCUGACUCCAUCACCGUCUACUCCCAGGAUGCCUUCAAGGCCUCCCCCAACUUCGCUGUCUACGAAAUCGAAGAUGAUGUCCUUGCUAACCUCCAGGAGUUCAACUUUGCCAACUCCGUCUACUGGGCUAUGGUUGAGGGUCACGCUGCUGAGAUGUCCGCCAAGCGCGCUGCUAUGGAGAAUGCCACCAAGAACGCCGGUGAGAUGAUCACCAAGCUUACCAUGACCUACAACCGUGGUCGCCAGGCUGUCAUUACCAACGAAUUGAUUGAUAUUAUCACUGGUGCCUCUGCCCUUUAA